AAGGGAAAGUGACAUCUCUCUCUCUCUCUCUCUGAAAAAAUAGACCUUGGAGCUGAUAAUGUAUGCAAGCAAUCCAUUAUGCAUCAAGGAAUGCCUCUCCCUAUCCAAUUGAAAAUUAUCAUUUUUCUUUAAUCUAAUGCGAGAAAGAAACUUGUUGGGUCAUGUAUUAAACUCUCUCUCUCUCUCUUCACUCCCCUUUCACAUUGAAACCCCUCUCUCUCUCUCUCUCUCUCUCUCUCUCAAAACAUGUCAGUAGAUCAACACCACAAUUUUCUUGAUUGGUGGAAGUAGUCUAGGUCAUGACCUUCAUUAAUGAAAUGGCCUUCUUCCAAGCCAAUUUCAUGCUACAAACUCCUCGUGAAGAUGAGCACCAACCUCCUACCUCUCUCUCCCCAAUCCUACCCCCAUGCACUUCUCAAGACUUCCAUGGUGUUGCUUCACUGCUGGGGAAGAGAUCCAUGUCAUUUUCAGGCAUAGACAUAUGUGAUCAUCAGGAAAUCAAUAAUGCCAAUGGGGAUGAUGAUUUGUCCGACGAUGGAUCGAAUUUGCUACUAGCCGGAGAGAGAAAGAGGAGGCUGAACAUGGAACAAGUCAAGACGCUUGAGAAGAACUUUGAGCUGGGGAACAAGCUUGAGCCUGAGAGGAAAAUGCAGUUGGCCAGGGCUCUUGGGCUGCAGCCCAGGCAGAUUGCUAUAUGGUUCCAGAACAGGAGGGCUAGGUGGAAGACCAAGCAACUGGAGAAAGACUAUCAACUCCUCAAGGGACAGUUUGAUGCUGUCAAAGCUGAUAAUGAUUCCCUCAAAUUCCAGAACCAAAAACUUCAAGCAGAGAUAAUGGCACUGAAAAAAAAUAGAGAUCAGCCAAAUGAUGAGUCUAUAAACCUGAACAAAGAGACAGAAGGAUGCAGCAGCAACAGAAGCGAAAACAGCUCUGAUAAUAUAAUGAAGCUGGAUAUGAUGAUCUCAAGGACACCACCAGCAAUUGACAGCCCACUAUCUUCAAGCAGGCUACUCUUCCCACCACCGAUGAGGCCCAGCAGUACUACUACCACUACUGGUGCGGUGGCCCAAGUUCUGUUCCAAAACUACCCUUCUUCUUCUUCUUCUUCAAGGCCUGCAGACCACCAGCUCCCAUGCCAGCAAAAGAAUUCCACAGACCACACAGUCAAGGAAGAAGGCAGCUUUUGCAACAUGUUUUGUGGGAUUGAUGACCAGAGUGGGUUCUGGCCAUGGCUGGAGCAGCAGCAUUACAACUGAAUUUUCAUUCAACAAAUUUUACGAGGCGGAAUUUAAAAAAAAAACACCUUAAUUGUUGAGUUUUGGUGUGUAAAGAAAGUAGUAUAUAUCAAGCUCAAUUUAAGGUGGGUUUUUUCUGCAAAUUUUUUUAUGGAGGAAUAAAAGGGUCUGGUGUCUUUUCACUUUUUUUUUUUUUUUUAAUACUAUAUAGUACUAAUGUUUUAUCAAAUUCAGGUAGCUAUAUAUAUUUAUAUAUCCUUGUGACGCACAUGGAGUAAAAAAGUUUUUUUUUUUUUUUUUGGUUUUUGCCAGUGACUUUUCAGUUCUAUCAUGGGACAAAAAAUUUUAAAAAGUGAUUCUGCCAUUUGAAAUUUCAAUCCUUUUAGUUGUCCUCCUUUUCUUGCUUUGGAAUCAUGUAUUUGGGGCAUAGGAUAGUUUUAGCUUUGCUUAGGAUUUGAUGUCGUCGUCUCUUAUCUUUUUAAUUUUUGUAACAAUUUCAAAGAUUAAUAAAAAAAAAUUGCCGUUCAAAAAAAAA